CCUUUGCCCUCUCCGGUCCUGGCUCUCCACCUGCUCUGCUGCCUGGGUUCCGGAACGCUCCGCCCUGGGGCCCAGAACGAGCCAAUCAGAAUGAAGAAGAGCCACAGCGUGCUGUCUGUGACUGGAGAAGAGGGCAAUGAUACAGAUAUAACAGGUGCUGGGGAGAAGGCGGAGUCAUCUCGCUACAGCCGAUCUUAUACGUCUGGGGCCACGCUGGGGGCCGAGCUACGCAGAGGGAGGAGCAGAAGACUCUCAUCUAGUCUCCAGGUACCCUGCUGGCUUCGCCCUCGAGACCGCACUCGAUCGCCAGAGGUCCUGAACAACGUGUCGCGUCCAACGACUCUUCCUCUCCGCAUCCCGCCACGCAUCUCCAUCACACAAGCAGACGCUGACAGUUACGAAGCAGAAAAUGGCGUCUCACCAGGUCACACCCCGCUGGGUUCGCAGAGUCCAGGCCUCACACUGCACACCUCCUUUCCCCAGGGCCAGAGAAGGGAGUCCUUCCUCUACCGCUCUGACUCGGACUACGACAUGUCGCCCAAGACGGUCUCUCGUAAUUCCUCCCUCGCCAGCGAAGGGCACACAGCAGAAGACUUCAUCGUCACACCUUUUGCUCAAGUACUGGCCAGCCUGCGAUCAGUGCGGAGCAACUUCACCAUUCUUGCCAACGUCUCCACACCGACAGUCAAGAGGUCUCCUAUGGGUGGGGUGUGUGUCAGUCCCAGGGCGUCACUAUCAGACCAGCAGUACCAGCAGCUCGCCCUGGACACGCUGGAGGAGCUGGACUGGUGCUUGGACCAGCUCGAGACCAUCCAGACGCACCGCUCUGUCAGUGAAAUGGCCUCCAACAAGUUUAAGAGGAUGCUGAACAGAGAGCUCUCCCACCUGUCGGAGAUGAGUCGCUCUGGUAACCAGGUGUCUGAAUACAUCUCCAGCACCUUUAUGGACAAGCAGAACGAGGUGGAAAUCCCGUCUCCUACUCUGAAAGACAAACCCAUGAGUCACAUCAGCGGAGUAAGGAAACUGUCUCACAGCUCCAGCCUCUCCAGCACUUCGAUGCCUCGCUUCGGUGUCAACACAGACCACGAGGAUGAGCUUGCCAAGGAGUUGGAAGAUCUGGACAAGUGGAGUUUCAACAUAUUCCGAGUAGCAGAAUUCUCCAACAACAGACCUCUGAGCUGCGUCAUGUACGCCAUCUUCCAGGAGCGAGAGCUGUUGAAGACGUUUCGUAUCCCAGUCGACACCUUCGUCACUUAUGUGAUGACCUUGGAGGACCAUUACCAUGGAAACGUAGCGUAUCACAAUAGCCUCCAUGCUGCAGAUGUCACCCAGUCCACACAUGUCCUCCUCUCGACGCCUGCUCUGGAUGCCGUCUUCACUGACCUGGAGAUCCUCGCCGCUCUGUUCGCUGCAGCUAUCCAUGAUGUCGACCACCCAGGGGUUUCCAAUCAGUUCCUCAUCAACACCAACUCCGAGCUGGCCCUCAUGUAUAACGAUGAGUCCGUUUUGGAGAACCACCACCUCGCUGUGGGCUUCAAGCUUCUGCACCAGGAAAACUGUGACAUCUUCCAGAAUCUCACCAAGCGGCAGCGCCAGAGCCUUCGCAAGCUCGUCAUCGACAUGGUGUUGGCCACAGACAUGUCCAAACACAUGACCCUACUGGCUGACCUAAAGACAAUGGUGGAGACCAAGAAGGUGACCAGCUCUGGUGUGCUGCUCCUAGACCACUACACAGAACGGAUACAGGUGCUCAGGAACAUGGUGCACUGUGCAGACCUGAGCAACCCCACCAAGACGCUGCCACUAUACCAGCAGUGGACGGAGAGGAUCAUGGAGGAGUUCUUUCGUCAGGGCGACAAAGAGCGAGAGAGGGGGAUGGAGAUCAGCGCCAUGUGUGACAAACACACUGCUUCAGUGGAGAAGAGUCAGGUGGGUUUCAUCGAUUACAUUGUCCACCCGCUGUGGGAGACGUGGGCUGACCUGGUUCACCCGGACGCCCAGGAGCUGCUGGACACCCUGGAGGAGAACAGGCAGUGGUAUCUGAACACCAUGCCCCAGUCCCCCUCACCUCCCCCUGACAGACACCUACAGCACGACCGCUUCCAGUUCGAACUCACCUUGGAGGACCUGGAGCACAACAACCACAACCACAUAGACCUGAGAAACAGCACCCGGAAAGCCAUCUGUGAUGGCAGCGCCAAAGACCAAACACAGGACGGCCAGGCGGAGCUGGGAGACGAGGAACAGAACCAUGUGGAAACUGAGAAAGAAGACGAGGAGAAUCACAACAGUGAACACAAUGGAGUCCAGGAGGAGGAGGAGGAGGAGGAGGUGAAGGAGGACGCAGAGGAGGAACAUGGAGAGGAACAAGUGGAAGAAGACGGAGGAGGGCAGACAGAUGAAAUAGAAGAGGAAGUUAAUGAUGCAGUGGAGGAUGAGGAGACUGAACAAGAAGAGGAGGAGAAUGAGAAAAAGGAAGGGGAAAAAGAGCAGGAAGGGGAUGAUGAGGAAGGGGGAAAGGACGAAGAGGAAGGUGCAGAGAAUGAGGAAAGAGAAGGUGAGGAAACUUUGGAUAAGGAGGAGGUUGAGGGGGAGGAAGAAAUAGAAAAUGAGGAGGCAGAAGUGGAGGAAAAUGAGGAGGGAGAGAUGGAGGAGAAAGAAGAGGAAGAGGCAGCAGAGAUGGAGGAAGAUGUCCAACAAGAGGAUGAGACAGAGACAGAAGAGAACGUGAACGGGGAAGAGGAGGCAGCAAUGGAGGAUGAAGCUGAAGAGGAGGUAAAAGAAACAGAGGAGGUUGAAGAGGAAGAAGACAAAGGAGAUUUGGAGGAAGAGGAGGCACCAGCUGAGGAUGAAACUGGAGAGGAGGAGGUAGAGGAAGAUGAAGAAGAAAGUUAGUUGGGUGUGAAAACAUAAACGGGUCAGUGAGGAAAGGUCAACAGAGAGAGUUAAAAAAAAAAAAACAAGCCGGAAAGGCUUUGACGGUUUGCAGUACGAAUGUCACAGAAGAGGACAAAGAGCUGAAGACGCCCUUCUUGCUCUGACGCACGUCUUGAAGUGACCCUCUCAGCUGAAGGCCAGCGUAUGCUCAUCUACAGACAUUUUAAGCAGACACCACAGACAGUACAGACGGAAAGUACAACACCGGACACAAAGACAAAACCUGGCUGAGGCAUCUGCUCUCCUGAACAGCCAGACUGUUUCAGCGUCUUGACCAACUGGUAGUGAUAGAAAGACCAGAGUCUUCUUCACCAAGUAUCUGUACAUCCAUCACUGCCGUAGGGAAUAAACGGGGGGACAAU